GAUUCCGGCAAUCCAUCGCUCGGUUAAGAAUUUUGGAGCGUAGAGUUCGAGUGGCGAUCGAUGCAAUCCGCGAAGGAGAAGGUGCAGGACGCGGCCAGCGCGGCCAAGGAGAAGGUGAAGGGGUUCGCCGGCAAGGCCGAGGGCAAGGCGGAGUCCGCCACGGCCCGCACGCCCGAGGGCCGAGCGGCGGCAGAAGAGCGCGGCGAGGCGCGGGAGAAGGCGGCCAAGGCGGAGUACCACGAGAAGAAGGCUGAGCACCGGGACCAGUCAGCCGCCGACCGCGGCACCACUCAUGUGCCCCUCGUCGGCGAGCACCACCAUCGCCCCGUCGGUGCCGAUCCCACUUACCCCUCCGCCGCCGGCGAGAAGUAUCUGUAACGCAUAGGUUUUAAAUACGUAUAUAUGCAUGUACGUUAUAAAUAAAGCUAAACAUGGCGAUGUGAGCACGUACGUAACGUAGUAUGGCUGCGUUUGCAUGGCAUUCCGUGAAAGUUUUAAUUUGUCU